AGUCAUUUAGGAAACAGCCAUGUGAACUUUUUUCCUGAGGCUGUGACCGUCUGCUGCUCCAUUGAGUCAUAAUAUACACUCAAAUGGACCGGGUAGUCAUAAACACUCCAAUGUUGUUUAGUUAACAUAUUUUGCUGCAAGGUGGACAGGCCUGAGGCCGUGGCUAGGCGCUUCAGGCAGAAACCAUGCAGCAGAAGCGGAACAUCCAAAUCAUAGAAUGGGAGGACUUGGACAAGCGCAAGUUCUACUCUUUCGGGGUCUUUAUGACCAUGACCAUCCGUGCUACGGUCUACCCUGCCAUGCUCAUCCGCACCAGGCUGCAGGUUCAGAAGGGAAAGUCUCUGUAUAGCGGCACCUACGAUGCCUUCCGGAAAAUCCUGCGAGCCGAGGGGAUUAGAGGACUUUACCGGGGCUUCAUGGUGAACACCUUCACGCUCAUAUCGGGGCAGGCGUAUAUCACGACGUACGAGUUGGUAAGGAAGUACGUCUCCAAUUACUCCAAGGACAACACUGUGAAGUCCCUGGUGGCAGGAGGGUCGGCAUCGCUCGUUGCCCAGAGUAUAACAGUCCCUAUCGACGUGAUCUCUCAGCAGCUCAUGAUGCAGGGUGAAGGGAAGCAUCUGACACGCUUCAAAGUCAAACCACAAGCGACAUCCGGAGCAAAGCACAGUGUCGCUUUUGGACAGACGAGAGACAUUAUAGCUCAGAUAUUUGCAGCUGACGGGUUCCGUGGGUUCUACAGAGGAUAUGUGGCAUCUCUUCUCACAUACAUACCCAACAGCGCGGUCUGGUGGCCUUUUUACCACUUUUAUGCUGAGCAGCUCUCCAAAAUGGCACCGAGUGACUGCCCACAUUUAGUACUGCAAGCCAUGGCUGGACCACUAGCAGCUGCCACUGCCUCCACUGUCACCAAUCCGAUGGAUGUAGUUCGAGCCAGAGUUCAGGUUGAAGGCAGGACGUCAGUCAUCGAGACGUUCAAGGAGCUGCUCAGAGAAGAAGGAUUCUGGGGGAUGACCAAGGGUCUUUCUGCCCGCAUCAUAUCCUCCACUCCUACAGCUAUAGUCAUGGUGGUCGGCUACGAAACUCUGAAAAAACUGAGCCUCCGUCCAGAGCUGGUGGAUUCCAGACACUGGUAAAGGAGCCGUUGUGUCUCAGCUCUCUCAUCAGUGACUUCCUUUGUCCACAAAGUUCAUUUCAGCUUUUUUUCUUUUUAACCACUUGCCUCAUGACUUUUUGCUGUGUUUUUGAUGUAAUUUUAUAAUUGAUGGUAAAGGGAAUGUUUCAUUUGUCAUUACUGUAAUUGAAUGUUUUAAGCCAGAAAUGCUGCUCAGGUCUGUGAGGAACUCUGCUUGCUUGAAAACUGUAAAAAAAAAAAAAAAAAAAAAAUUUUAUUGGAUAGAUGGGCAUUUUAAUGUGUAUUUUUUAAUUUAUUUUUGUUACUAACUAGGUGUUUGAAUUUUUUUAUUUUAUUUCGGUGGGGUAAAGGUUAUUUCAGAAUUGUUGUACCUGGUACUCGCUACCUGUCCUUUGUGCCACUUUGUGUUAAGUACUGCACUGGAUAAUGCUCCCACUGACAUCUCUUUAAAAAUUUUUUAUUUCUAAUCAUGGUAAGAGUGACUUUAAUUUUGAAAAUGGAAAAAUGAUACUGCUUGCACAGUGUGUAAGGAGAUAUGCAGUGUGAUUGUAAUUCUCUAAAAAUUCACUAUAAAGAUGUAAUCUGUCAAAAGA